CCUAUGGGAUGCCGGGGAUCGAACCCGGGUCGGCCGUGUGCAAGAAAAACACCCUCCCUGCUGUGCUAUCGCUCCGGCCCUUCAAGAGAAUAUGCUUUCCAUGCCCGGCUCACUGGUGACCCCUCCCGCACAGAGGUCAUCGGUUCUACGAACCUUCUUACCCUGCUGGAAGAUGCCACCUUCGCCGACUUCUUCAACACCUUCCUCUCCCUCCCGGUUUUCGGCCAGACCCCGUUUUACAAUGUGGAACUGUCCCAGUGGAGCUUGUGGCCGGAAAUCCCGCCCACCCUGACCACCACGUACAAAGGGCUAUUCACCUGGCUGGAGAAAUACCGGCUGCCUUUCUUCUGUGAGACGGAUUUGUGUUUCCAGUACAUCCUCUGCCAGGAGUUCAUUAGUUUCAUCAAGUCCCCAGAAGGAGCCAGCAUGAUGAAGUGGAAGAAGGCAGACCAGUGGCUGAUCGAGAAAUGCAUCGGCAGCGUGCGCGGCCUGUGGCGCUUCUUCAGCUACCUCAAGGGCAGCGCAGGGGAGGAGCUGUGGGACUUCUGGAUUCUCGCCGAGAAGAUCCUGAGCGUGGACGAGAGGGACCUGGGGGCGAGAGACCACCACCUGUCCCUGCUGCUGGUGCUCAAGGCCACCCACCUGCAGGAAGGCUCCCGGGUGGCGACGCUCUGCAACAUGAACAUCAAGUCCCUCCUGAACCUCUCCAUCUGGCACCCCAGCCCAUCCACCACCCGGAGGGAGAUCCUGAGCCACAUGCAGAAAGUCGCCCUCUUCAAGCUGCAGAGCUACUGGCUGCCCAGCUUCUACACGCAUGCCAAGGUGAUGCUGGCCCGCGACGGGCAGUGCCAGGGGCUCAUGCAGGAAUACGACACCCGGGCCUGCAGCAUCUGCUGCCAGCACGCCGGGAAGGCCCCCCAGGACGCCAGCAUCGAGCCCAGCCGCUACUCCCAGAAGCAGUACUCCAGCCAGGAGAUGAAGAGGAAGAUGUGGCAGAUGAUCCACCGUGACUCGUGGUCUCUGGAAAUGAUCUCCGACGCCCACAGGACCAGCUUGUCGCCCUGGCACCUGUACCCCCUCAAGGAGGAGGCGGGGAGGGAGGAGGAAAAGGAGAGCCUUCCAGCCGUGCCUUCUGCCCGGACGGCUCCCGGGAAGCGAAAGUCGGCGGGGAAUCAGGACCACGAUCCACUCUUGGCCGGAAAAGCGGCCGGGAAGCAGGAGAGGGAGGAGAGCAAGCCCCCCUUCCGCAUGGAGGGUCUCUUCGAGAAAAACUUCCACCUGCGCUUACGCACGCUCACCCCGAUCAUCAAUCAGACGUCGCACCUGACAGCCAGGAGGCUGGGCCAAUGCGGCUUCUCCCUGGGGUGUACCCACUGGGCGCUGUGCGCGGACGCCUACGCAGGGGGUCCUCUCCGCGCCUACCUGAAGAAACGGGGUCUCGCGGCGGAGAUCAAGCUCCUGGACCUGUGGCAGGACCUGCGACACUUCCUCAGCGUGUUGACGCAGAACCGGUCCACGGGCAAGGGCGUCUUCCCGCACCUGCUGGGCAACCAGAUCUGCGAGCUCUACCUGAGCCCGCAGACCAGGCCCCCGCUGCCCCUCAAGGCCAGGACUGUCCAGGGCCUGCGGGAGAUGCUUCCGUCCGGGGAUGUCAGCCCAUGGGUCCCCAGGGCCCAGGAAGAGAUCUGCAAGAUGCUCAGCCGCUGGUAUGCCGAAUUCCUGAAAGAAGAGGACUUUUGGUUUCUCCAUUUUACCACCCAGACUGGGCCGGAGUUCCCCGGGCCCGCGCAGGGGGAGCCCCUCAGCAGGGAGAGGAACAUCCUGCUGCACAAGCGGUUCCAGGAGGCGCUGGAGCUGGCCCGGGGCCUGGCCGACAUGGAGCCCAUGGACGCCCCGCAGUGGGGGAAGGUGGCCACCGAGAGCCUGGCGCAAAGCGGCUCCCUGCAGGUGGAGCUGGCGGCGCCCGUGUUCCUGGAGGACACAGAGAAAAUGUCUUUUGAGGAGCUCAGCUCGAAGUAUCCGAAGAAAGCCAUCGAGAAAAUCAGUGACGACUUCAAAAUAUAUUCUGAAAAAGUACCUGCAGUAGGUAAGCGCUGA